CAAAAUGUCAUCAGAUUUCAAAAUGUUUGCGGUCGAACCAGUCAGGGACUGUCCUCAUUGUCAAGAACUUGAAGAGGAGCUCUUCAUGGAGAAAAGGUUUGACGAGAAAUGAACUGAUUGCGAUAAUGUUGGAGAGAACUGGAUCUGCCUGUCCUGCACUCAAAUAUUUUGCUCCAGAUAUGUAAAGGAGCAUAUGGUCAAGCACAACGAAGAUACAAAGCAUCCUAUCGCUUUCAGUUUUGCUGAUCUUUCAUUCUGGUGCUACGACUGUGACACUUAUGUGAUCAGCUCUAAGUUCAAGAGGGUUCACGACCACUUCUACGAUCAGAAAUUUGGGGAAAUCGAUAAAACAGAUACUCAGAAAAUCAUUGAAAAGAUUGCUGAACUUGAUAUCAACAAGGAAGAUGCCAAAGAUGGAGAAUCAUCUACAGAUACUGAGUCAAAGCUUGAUAAAGAAGAGGAGAAGAAAGAGAUACCUGAAGAUUCCAAAACUGCGCCUGAGGGAGAAGGAGAGGAAGAAAAACCUAAAUUCUCGAGAGAAGAACUCAUCGAAAAUCUUAAGAGUGGAAAAUAUAAGAAAGUAACUGUGUUGACUGGAGCUGGAAUCAGUGUGAGCGCUGGUAUUCCAGACUUUAGAUCCCCUAAGAUUGGGCUAUAUGCUACAUUAAAAGAGAAGUAUGAUAUGGAUGACCCUUCAGAAAUAUUCAGUAUUGAUAAGUUUUAUUCAGAGCCUGAGUUAUUCUAUGAUUUCUGCAAAGAACUGAAUUGGGACAAAUACGACCCAACUCCCACUCAUUACUUCAUUGGUUUCUUACAUCACAAGGGACUGUUGGAUAUGAAUUUCACUCAAAAUAUUGAUGCUUUAGAGUCUAAGGCCGGAAUUCCACAGGAAAAGCUAGUCCCUGCGCAUGGAAAUAUGUCAGGAGCUCACUGACCAAAAUGCAAGAAGUCUAAAUGAAUCCAAAAGUUCGGAGAAUAUGUUAAGAAGGAAGAAAUCUGGAAAUGAGAGAUAUGCGAAGUUCCAAUUAAGCCAACCAUCGUCUUCUUCGGAGAAGGACUUCCAAUGAGUUUCUUCAACAACAUGGAAAAAAUUGCAAAAUCUGAUUUAGGUAUUGUUAUAGGAUCUUCUAUGGUAGUAUCUCCAUUUAACGGCCUCCCUGAAAUGUAUUCUAAGGAUGCUAAUAUUGCAACAAUAAAUAUGGAACCAAUCAAGCAUAUCAAAAAUUUAAACGGGAAUAACUCUGUUUUCCUUGAAGGAAAAUGUGAUGAGAUCAUCCUCCAGCUUCUCAAAGACCUUGAGUGGGAAGAAGAGUACAAUGAGUUUGUGUCCAAACAAAAAGAGCCGGUCGAAUCAUCCCAAUAAAAUUG